AUGAAGCUCACUACACUUGCCGUCGUCUUUGGGAGUCUUUCAGCCCUCUGUGCAGCAGUACCAGCCGACAACCAAGCGCAGCUCGAGCCGCGCCAGACAUGGAUCAUAUCAUGUAUUGGCGGACGCUGCAGCGACAACAUCAGCCGUCCAACAUCUGAGCCGCCCAAGCCAACUUCCAGCAAAGUCACGACAACGAGCAAGAAACCAGAGACGACGACAAGCCGGAAACCAUCGCCCAAUCCCACGCCCACGCCUUCAAAGACCACCAUCAAAACCACCACCAAGUCCACGGAAAACCCCACAAAGACGACAACAGAGGAGGUAGGCCCAAGCAGCACCCGAUGUCCCGUGCCUCUCUACUACAAGUGCGGAGGCUGGCACGACGGCAAGCCGUGGACCGGCUGCACGCAGUGCGUCAAGGGCGCCAAGUGCGUGGUGCAAAACGAAUGGUACUACCAGUGCGUUGCAGAUGACAGUGUUGCGUAA